GGGGAGCUGCUCUUUUAAGGGGGGCUGGUAAAUCCAGCUACAGGGCUGAAGUGCGACAAUCUGCAUCUCGCUACCUCUGCUGACUCUGGAGAACAGUGACCAGCAUCAGGAAAAGGGCCAGAAAGCUUACCCUGCCAAAGGUUGGUGGUAAAAAUCCCAGAGGGUCAAUCCAAGAAGGAAGAAUAUUUGUCAGCUUUGAACAAGUCUCAUAAUGCCGAUUGUCCUGAAGACCAGCCCUCUGCUAUGGACCCGGUUGGCUGCCUUGGCCUUCACCUGUGUGGCCUUCUCUAUCGCUGUGCAUGGGGCCAGAGUCACGCACGGCACCGGAGACUUUUGCAUCUUCUGCUGGGCCUUUAGCUUUGCCGGGACCCUUAUAGUCAUCCUGGUGGAGCUCUUCAACCUGCAGACCAAAGCUCCUGUUUCCUGGAAGAACUUCCCCAUCACCUUUGCGUGCUACGCCGCCUUGCUCUGCCUGUCAGCCUCCAUCAUCUUCCCCCUUUACUUCCUGAAGGGCUCCACUGGCCAAAGUGAGAUCCGUGACUUCCGCAUCGUGUCCACCGUUUUCUCCUGCCUUGCCACCAUCGCCUACAUCACCGAAGUCAGCCUCACCAAGGCCCGUCCAGGCGAGGUCGCCGGCUACAUGGCCACCGCCCCAGGCCUGCUGAAAGUCGUUGAGACCUUCGUGGCUUGUAUCAUCUUUGUCCUCAUCAGUGAACCAGUGUUGUACGACCGCCACGACUCGGUCAAGUACUGCAUGUCCGUGUACUGCAUCUGCUUCAUCAUAUCUGCGGUCAUCAUCCUGCUGUGCAUCGGCGAGUGGACCGGCUGCCUCCCCUUCCCAUUCGCCCGUUUCCUGUCCGGCUACGCCCUGCUGGCCGUCGUCCUCUAUCUGUCCGCGACCAUCAUCUGGCCCGUCUUCAACUUUGACCCCAAGCACGGCGGGCAGAAACAGAGGCCGUACAGCUGCAGCUCCACCAUGGGCUUGUGCAGCUGGGAUAAGGCCAUGGGUGUGGCCAUUCUCACCGGGGUCAACUUUGUCCUCUACCUGGCCGACCUCAUCUACUCCUCUCGCCUGGUGUUUGUCAGCGCCUGAUUGUAGCAAAAGGAAGUUGGGCUUGGCAGUGCGCUCCAAAGGAAAUUGAAUUUGGUCCCCUAAUUCAGGACUGUAGAACUGCUGUCAAACAUACUGUUGCAAGAACGGGUUUGUGUCUUAUAACUAUAUUAGUUCAGAUUACAACAAGGAGAAGUGACCUAAAGUAACUCUUUAGUGGUGAAACAAGAAUGCAUUGCUUCAACAAGACAGUGAAUAAAACAAUAUAAGAAACUGUCUAUAAUUCCUGAGGUAGAAUUCAAAUCUUGUGCUCUUUUGGCCCCACAUCAAAUUUGUAUCCUUUGCAGAUGUGCCAAAUUUAAUUUAGUUGAAGUUCACUGCAGUACUGAGGAUUUUAGACUGAAAUAAAGAAAAGGAGGGAAGGUUUUACAUCAAUGGUCUAGUUUACAUCUACAACUAUAAUUCCUUAAAACACAAAGACUUUCUGUUUAGGUUUUGCUUCCCAAAACCUGAACAGACAUUUUGAUUUUGAGAAACCACAGUGGGAUUGUUGUGGUUUCAAGAAAAAAGACAAAGCUGCAGUUAGUUUUAACUGCAUAUUGACUGAAAACAGAGAAGAAGUUAAUGUACAAAGGAAUAGUUAAUUUUUUUAAAAUAAAAAUCUAUUAGUGGUAAGCAUGCUGCAAGAAUCUAAAGAUGAACCUAAACAGAAUGACAGCAGAGAAAUGAAUGUGAGAAUGAAUCAUUUCAAAAAUCACAAAUGCAAGAGACUUCACUGUUUUAAAAAUGACACCUAACAUUUGCAAUAAUAUUAAUAGAAAACUCAGCAAAACACAAUAAUCAAGCAUCAAAACAAAACAAAUGCAGCUAUAGUUGUCUGUCAUAUUAUAAAUCUUAUAAAUCUGUGCAAUUCAAAAUACAAUACACUGCCUCGAUACAAUUUUCUUACGCAUUUCAUGUACUUUUAAUCAUUUUUUUAUAUUUUUUUAAAGUGUACUUUUAGAUUGUUCUCUUUUUGUUAGACUGGUCGGCUUUAGUUUGCAUUUUUGUCUAAUCUAAAAAAAGUUGUGGCUGUUUUUUCAAUUGUGAUGACUUUUGUCACAUAUUAUGAUAUUGUGUUCCCUUGGCCCGUUGUAUUGUCCAAAUUGAUGGAUUUCUCAAACAACAUUUGUCCAAGUAAAAUUUGUCUGUGAUGACAGCUAAAGGAAAACUAAAACAAUUAAUCUGGUUUCUCAUACUUGCAAGAUGUGUUCUAGUCAGAUGUUAAAUAUCUUGUUGUCUAAAUUGCCAAGGGACAAAAAGGAUCAUUUUCAAAUGCCCUGAGUCACAAUUUAAUGCCAUUUGAAGUCUCUUUUUUAAAGCUGCCGUUUGUUGAUGAUGUUACUUCUAACAAAAAACAUUGCUGAAUUUUAUCACGGCCAUCAUAAACUGAUGAUUUUUAAUUUAAUGUCACAUUAAAUCAAUUUACAGCAUGUCAACUUAAAUUAAAUUUUACUUCUUAUAUAGUUGCAUUACAAGCUGUAUAUCCAAUGGGAAUAAAAAAUUUACAAUAGUACCUUCCUUAAUUUGUACGUGCUAUAUAUAGAUUUAUUGUCCCCUAUGAUAACAUGUUUUAACAGCUAAAAUUUACCAUUGAUGUUUAUUACGUUGUUUAUAUGAUUGAUUGCUUCUAGAUUGCUGAGAAAAUACUAAAUUGAAGGUUUUAAAAACACUUAUUUUCCUGUAGAUGUUGUCAGUGUUGGAUGUUUUACAUGUUUUUUUUUAUAUGUUUCACAUGUUUAAGCAUUCAAUCAAAAUCAGUGUUAUGUAAAUGUAAUCAUGAGUUACAAUAAAGUCACGACACCAUAAAA